GACUGCGCCCUGCUCGCCGUCGCCCGGGCGCGAGCCGACGCGGUGCCUGCGCGCGUCGUGAUGGCGCUGCCCCUGCCGCCCGUGCGGGGCUGCCUGGGGCUGCUCGUGGGCGAAAGCGGCACGGACGCCCCGCCGCUGGUGUGGGCCGAGGUCUUCGACCAG